CAUUCGAAAUGCUCGAAUUCAAGAUGAUCAAGAAGAAAAUGUGGAUGUUUUCUAUCUGAUUCCUCGCUUGUAACUCUAUUUACAUGAAUCGUUAUGGAAGGUAUGAAAAAAACCAGAGUUUCCAGCAAGAUUUUGAGCAACAGAGUGUGUGUACAACGAAGCUUCACUCUCCACAAGCUUUCCUUUUGGUUUGCCCCCACGAAUCGACCUCCUGGACUACUGUCUUCAACCUUCGGUUCGUAAGUAAUUUCCGAGUGAUUGUUCAUUUUUUGGGUUUCUGGGUUUGCAAUCUAUGGCUUACUCAUACGAUGCGACUACUUCAAUCGACCCGUUUAGUUUAGAGAACCUUAGUUUUGGAUUUGUGCGUGGUGGGUCAAUGUUAUCCAAGUCUUUCGCGUUGAAUGGUGAGAAGGGAGAGCUCGUCAAAGCCUCGACUCAGCCGUCGAAGAAAAGGGUGUCGGAGGAGAAAGCACUUGCGGCGCUAAAGAAUCACAGCGAGGCGGAGAGGCGGAGGCGAGAGAGAAUCAAUUCCCAUCUCUCGACUCUGCGUGACCUUGUUCCUUGCCCCAUUAAGAGGGACAAAGCAACACUGCUCGCCGAAGUUGUCAGACAAGUGAAGGAAUUGAAGAAGAAGGCAGCAGAAGCCAGCAAUGGUGUUUUCGUUCCAUUGGACACCGACGAAGUCAACGUCGAACCUUGUGGGGUGGGAGCAAACGGGCAUAUGACCCUCAAGGCAACAAUUUGUUGCGAAUAUCAACCGGAGCUUCUGUGUGAUCUAAAACAAGCCCUUGAUUCCCUUCACCUGAAGUUAGUAAAGUCAGAGAUAUCCACUUUGGGAAACAGAGUGAAGAGCAUAUUCUUUUUCACCAGCCCCAUAGCAGAGAAUGCUGCGCAUCCCGAGGCUUCCCGACUUCUCGCAUCAUCGGUUCACCGGGCAAUAAGUCUAGUCCUUGAGAAAGCUUCAUCCGUAGAAUACUCGCCAAGAACAACAACAACGCUCCCAAGGAAAAGGCGAAGGCUGUCUAGUUUCCAUACGUCUAGACAGCCAAUAGUAUGAACAGUUCACAAAGGACAAUUACCUGCCAAUAACAUGAAUAGCUUCUAUGGCUCGUGAAGAAGAAUGGAAUUUGAAGUGACAUCGCUUUAUGCUGUUCACUCUCGUGUCACCAUUAUUCCGUCUGCGCUCUGUUCCAAUUCCCAUAACAAAAUCAGAUUCCAAAUUCACUUCCUCUCA